CCAUAUAAAAUAGGAAUUAAUUGAUCGUGGCGUCGGCAGUAAUUUUCAUACGCCACCAGAACGAGGUUGAUUUCAAACAGGUUUCAAACGUCAUUUUGGCGGAUGUGUUUUAGUAAUUUAAAUGAUGCAACAACAAAUACAUGCAGGUCUUCGAAGAAAAAUUCCUACUCAUUUUCUCGAAUUUUAUGAAUACUUUUCUGGGUGAUUACACAACCAUAUUCGUGAGACAAGAAGCAAGUUAUCAAGAUGAAGUUAAAAGCUUUAACUUUAGCCGUUUUUCUUGCCACGAUUUCGUAUAGUUUUAGCACAAUUUAUAAUACAACGGUUACAAGUGAACCUUCCAAAUCGCCAGCUGUAGAUACAAGAGUAAACUCUACACAGCAAAAUGGAAAUCAUACAAAUUCGCCAACGAAGAAAACAACUGAACCAUCUACCGAAGCAGCUUCAAAACACACCACACCAAAAUUAGUAUCAAAACCUACGAAAGACACUCGAAUUAAUAAUACACCUGCCCCUCCACGGAAGACGAAACCCACAACAACACACAAGAAAACGAACACAGCAACGAAACCGAUAACCACACCAAAACCAACUACAACUCCCAAGCCUGAAAUUACGUGUGAAAUGAGAAACGAGUCUUGCUCGGCAUGUUUAAAAGACAGCAGCUGUUUUUACUGCGAUUCUGAUAAUACGUGCAAGAUGAAAAAGAAAGGCAAAAUCCUUCCCUCUGGAUGCAAGGGGAACAAGUGGUAUUGGAAGCAAUGUAAAAUUCGUGGUAAGUUUUCUUUGAUUUUUAAAAUGAGUUUUGUAUUGUUUGUAUUUUGAUUCCGUUGGGUACAAAGAUGUCAUGUGUUCCCAAAUUGUUGGAAUCCCCCCCUGGUUGUGACGUAUUUGCCUAGUGCGCUCUUUAUAUAUCUGGAGCGAGAACUUUAGCCAUUCGGCCUAUGAAAAAGUGAGGUCAAAAUGGCAGAAAUGACAUUCAGUAUCUAUAUCGAACUGACAUCCAAUAAACUCCAUCUUGGCUCCAAAUAUAUUAAACACUGUGGUCAAACGGCUGCACAUAUUUACUGCUUCUAUUCAAACUUCUAUUCAUAUUUACUGCUUCUAUUCUACUCGCUUGUGCGCAUUACAUUUGACCGCAGUGUUGGUUCUACUUUUUUAUCUCAAGUUCUCUCUCCAGAUAUAUGUAUGGAGCUCACUGCUUUGCCUCAUGGGCAGAUUUAUGUGGGGGAGGGGUUAGGAGGGGGGUUAAACCUCCCCCCCCCCCUAGAAUCUCUCUAACCCUCUAAUAAAGUGUUCAACCCCACCAAAAUUUCACUUCACCCCUCCUAUUUUGUGUGAAAGGUUUUAACCCAAAACACCUAACCCCUGCCGAAGCUCACUGAGUGGUGCCGCUUGCACCCCACCAGAAAUUUUUCUACCCCUCCUUUGAAAUAAAUGAAAAUCCGCCCUUGCUUUGCCUUACAUGUCCACAACUUGAUAAGUAUGUUGUAUUCCUUCAUCAGGCAACAUUUUGAUCAUCGUCAUCCCAACCGUUGGAGGAGUAUUGUUAAUCAUGCUUGGUUGUUGCAUCUACUGCUGCUGUUGCCGUCGAUGCAGCAGAAACAGAGCGGCACGAGAGGAAACAAGACAACAGCAACGACGUGCGGACCGACAAGAAAGGAAUGCUGAACGCAAACAGAAUAGAAAAUCCAGGCACGAUGCCAUCCGAAUGAAAUACGGUCUCUUGCAAAACGUGGAUGAUGACGAGGACGAUGAUCCAGUUGCUUAGGAACUUUCUUUAAUUAACCAUUAUUUAGUAUUUAACUAGUUUAGGCCAAGAAAAAAUAUGUGGGUUUCCGGUUUCCCGACCCUACCAGUUUCCCGACCCUACCAGUUUCCCGACCCUACCAGUUUAGACGUCGAAAUCCUGACCCUAAACUUUUUUAUUGGAUCAUGCUUGUAAGUGUUUCCACUUAGAGGAAAAAGUUUGUGGAAAAUUGAAAUUUGAGGCAAUAUUAGGGAAAUUUAUCUUUGGAUGUGGAAGCACUGACUAAACAAAAUGGCGUCCGGUUGUUCGGAAAAUUUAAAAAAAAAAGUUUAAAAAAAAAUGUUAAAACCGACCUACCCUACCUAAGUUUUUAUAAGAAGAAACCGGAAACCCACAUAUUUUUUUUUGGCCUUACCAUAUUUAAACUUUGUUUGCAUUUAAUUUAAAUUGAGUCAUGAGAUACUUACAUAUCAAUAGACUUGCAUGAAUACUUUAUAUUUUAGUUAUAAUCAGUGCUCAAUACAUCAGUUUGCCAUCGGCCAUUUUCCAAGCAAAACCCUGGACAUUUUGCCAUGUUAAUUUCAAUAAUUUCUCACUCAUUCUUGCAAAAUCAAAACUCAAAAUCCCUGGGUGAGUGAAUUCCAGGAAUUUUGAAAUUGUAACAAUCCACCUCUCAGAAAUUCCUUUAAACUUUGUUGAGGUAUAGAAUUGUAACAUUGUAUUGAAUUUAUAUUCAAAUUUUGUAUGCUAGUGAGAUAAUUUAUGCAGCAUACUGUGCAAAUUUUCUUUUUUAGUUUGAGUUCUAUAGAUAAUUACUGUUGGAUCAAGUUCAAGCAAACAUGGGUUGUCAGAAUUCUAUUGAAUGUGUUUGCUAGUUUAUUCGAGGCUCUUGCUGCGUUUAUGAAAUAACCCACAAGCAGAGAUUUCUAUACCAUAGUGAAGCCACAGAAACCUCUUGCUGAGCAUGCGAAUAGAGAUUAGAUUGUUGGAUACAAGCUAUAAACAUACCCAAAUGUACUUGCAUAAAAUAUAUUGUAUGCUUGUUUUGUAGAGUGUAGAAUGUAAAUUGUACGUAGUUACUUAGUCUUAGUAAUUGCGAACUUGUGAACAUUAUUUGUACAAGAACACUAUAUCCUAUUUGGCUACAAUCUAACACAUUAAUUGAUAACACACACAAACGUGUAGCAAUAUUCACCAAAGGAAUGUAUUAUAUUUGUAUCUAUAAUUCGAAAUUUGUUUAGUCUGCAGACU